AUGAAUAGCCAGUCGGGUCUGCCAGCUCCUGCUAUCAAAGACUGUGUCCCAUUAGACUCUCUUGACGCGCGCAUAUUGCAAUAUCGCUACGCCUCACAGAAAAUACUCAAACUGGUUGAGAACGUUAAAUCCCUCGUCAAAACAUGCUCCCAAGAAAAGAAGAUUGCUUUCACAAAAUACAUCAUACUGCUCAACGGGUGUAUAUUCAACGUCAAUGAUAACAUAUACAGGAGAUCUGAAAUCUUAAUCAAUGGCAACAAGUUUAAUCCGGCCCAAUCUAUAGAGCCUUCGCCUAACACCAGUGCGGUGAGCUUCGACUGUAUGGACAAUUCCACCAAUUACGACACUACCAAGCUUAGGUUGCCAACAGUGAGGCAAAGUUUGGACACUCUAAAGCUGUUGGAGCUAUUGUUAAUUAAUACGUUUGAGAUAUACGACCACAAGUGGAAAAUUGCCAUGAACGAACGAUCUUCUCAGGAAACGAAGAAAGACAAGCCUCUUUUCACACUGGAUGAUAUUUCAGACAUGCUAGAGUUUCCGGAGCUACAGUCCAUGCAGCUCCUGGUUGACGAUGAGCCAGAAAAUGCUUCCGCCGAUGCUAAAGCCGACAUCUAUCUCCGCUCUUUUGACCUCAAGAGCCUGAACGUCAACCUGGCUAAUUUUGAAUUAGCCAUGGAUGUCUUCCGGGACCGCAUUGAUGCUCUUGGCAGAUGCAAGGUCAAAGAGAAUCUGCUUUCGUCACCACAUUGCAAAUACAUUCUUCAGAGAUCGCUUCUGCUUUUAUUGCACCUAGCUGACUUUUACGGUGUGGUCCGCAAAUUUGGCAAAGUCUUAUACCAUAACAACAGCUUCUACUUUGAAAAUUAUGCGCGCACAAGCGACUCCCUUAGAGUGGUGAUGAGGAACUUUGAAGUUUAUUUCAACCAGUCAAAAAAGAACAAUCUACUGCUAGCUGCCAUAACGAAAAUCACGAGAAACGGAAGUUUGAUGGCAGUCCGUCCCGACAAUAUAUUUGAGCUUUAUAAGGUCAGCGACGAUGCACACAGCUUGCUGAGUACGAUGGUCUUUGUCCUGAGAAGGUUUCAGGCGGAGUGGCAAAUCAUUAUCGAUUCGAAUCGCUCUAAUGAGUUCGACAAGGAGCAAUUGAGAAGGAAGCUUAAAGAGCAGACAAUUAGAGAGCGAAACGAGCAAAAACGCUUGCAAUUCAAUGCCCAGCUAGGCAGAAACAUGGAGGCUAUGCACAUAUCGCCCGAGAAGUUCAAGGCAGAUAUGGAAAAACAGUCAAAAUUCCAGAAAGAGCUUUUUGAUGAUGCCAGAGAAGCCAGGCUAAUCAGAGAGGCUGAUGUAAGAGACCAGGAACAGCAGAAAGCAGAAGAGAUGCAGCAGAAAGUUGGAGAACGUGAAAAACAGCUGCGCGAAGAGUUGAGAUCCACCAGAUCGUCUCCAAACUCCUUAUCCCGACAAUCGUCCAUUUCACGCUCGCGGUCGUCUAGUCUGCAGAGCAACCAAGACGAUGGUUCUCUUCGUCGAUCAAAAUCCACUUCCAGUAGGCGUAAUUCUCUACUGGUCACUCCCGAGAUUCACCGCGUGAUUCCAGAGCAGAACGAAACUACGUCGGAUCCUACCUCUCCGCUGAUUGAAUUUCAGAGUCCAAAUAUCAACUUGACCACAACUGGGGCUGGUGCGUCCUCAAAACCCACUCUUCGUCCGCAAACAAAUUCAUCAAAGCCACAGAACUCACCCGUCGACCAUGCCAGAGCAGCGGCUUUGGCCUCUAAAAAAGUGACACAGCCACCGCUGACUGCCCAGCAAAGACUCCAGCAGCAUAUCAUGAAAUCGUCGCAGAAUGGACAGGCCAUUGCGAAAAGAAUUGAACCAAAACCAAGGCCAAGAUCAUUCUAUGCUCACUUAAAUGGAUCUCCUGCAAAAUCCCUGGGUGGGUCAAACUCAGGAAGCAGAAGCAACUCGCUGCAAAGUGAUGCAGAAUUCCCCACCAGCCCGCUAAAUUCGCUCAAACAGAGCAACUUCCCAGACUUCCAGGUCCAAACAAACAGAUCUCGAUCAGGAUCACUACAGGGUAGCGAAAACCUACAGUCACCAGGGAAUAACGCGGCGGGACGCGCGUCUCCAUCGAAUUCUGUGUCGCGUAGUAGGUCUGGCAGUUUGUCGCAAAGGCCAGUGAGCUCGAUUCCAGAAGGUGACGAGACCGCAAAAGGUCCCGAAGUAGACAACAUUGCCACACGGAACUCGCCUAACAAAACAAGCGAGAAUUCUUCGAUCAAAACACGUUCGCGGGCCUCGUCUACACGCCAAAACGGCCCCCCACAGAAUCUUGGAAAUGUGCUAGUUGUUCCUGAGAAUUCGUCGCCUGAGCUUGAUGCAAAUGGGGAAGUGAUCAAGAAAGUACGCUUUACAGGGGUCCCCGAAUAUAGCGAGGACGAAGACGCUCCGACCCCACAGCAAAUGCAAAAACAGAUGCGGCAGAAAUGGUCGUCGUACAAGCCACAGUUCCGAAACAGAACCAAGCAACUCAAUUCCCAAGAAGGACUGGCGUUCCGGAAGUUUCAGGGCUCUAUGGUUGGAGGAGAAUUUGAAGGUUUCAGCAAGGUCAACACGAAUAGCAUUCCUGUGGAGGUGAAUGGAAAGUUCUCUAUGAUGAGUGUGAUCAACUCUCCUGAAUCUCCUGGACCUUCGCGAAAGUUGACUAAGCUUUUCAAAAGACGUUGA